AUGAAGCUCAUGCCGACCGUCUUCUGCCUUCUCCUCGUCGUCCUUGAAUUGGGUGGGGCUCGUGUGGAGGCUCGAGGCACACCUUCGGCUGAUCAGGGGUCAAAGAACCAAUGGUCCAGCAUGUUCGUCUUCGGCGAUGGCUUCGUCGACAACGGCAACCUCCCAAAGACCGACACAUGGCGUCAAUGGAGCUAUCCCUAUGGCUCCUAUCUCAACUCCCGUGGAUCUGCGACUCCUGUUCCAACUGGACGCCUUUCCAACUAUUGGAUUCAAUCUGACUUCAUCGCAAGGAUCUUGGGCCUCAAUGAAGCCCCUCCAUCGUACAGGCUCACGCCACAUCUAUCUUGCGACCCAUCUGGCAUGACCUUUGCUUUCGGCGGUGCUGGCGUCUACGAGGUGCCGGACAAGAAGGUGCCGACCCUUGCCACACAGGUUAAUGCUUUCACGAGGCUACUUAAUACUGGGGUCAUCUCAAAACAACAGCUUCAGAGCUCCGUCGCUCUCGUCUCCAUCUCCGGCAGUGACUACAUGACUGGUGCCAACGUCGACAAUGCCUUCUUGAGUAGCUUCGAUGAUAUCGAUAGUUAUAUUGGGAAUGUGACGACCAACAUUGCGAAGAACGUGGGGAAGCUACAGAGGCUAGGUGUGAGAAAGGUACUAGUGAACAACAUGCAUCCCAUUGGCUGCACGCCUUUGCGGACUAGUGCGAACAACUACACGACAUGCGACCUUCUGGCUAACUAUGCAGCAACUGUGCACAACAACAAUAUAGAACACCUGAUGGGGAACAAGAAUAAUGCCCACAUACUGGACCUCUACACUGCCUUCACCGACAUCGUCAAUCACGCCCCUGGUGAAGGAUCGGAGCAGUCAAACAAUUUCAAGCGCAAGCUGACACCUUGCUGCGAGGCUUCUACCGAGCUGGGGUACUGUGGACAGGUUAGCCCGUCAGGGGAGCGCCUCUACGACCUAUGCAAGAAUCCUGACAAGAACUUCUACUGGGACGAGAGUUACCCGACGACCGCUGGGUGGGAAGCUGUUAUAGAGGCGCUAGAAGAACCUUUGAGGGAGUUCCUAGAUCGGGACUAUGUUCCAUGA